AUGGGGGAACCCCGGACUGGGGCCCCCCUGGAUGAUGGUGGGGCCUGGACGGGCAGUGAGGAAGGCAGCGAGGAGGGCACUGGAGGCAGUGAGGGUGUUGGAGGAGAUGGGGGCCCUGAUGCAGAGGGUGUGUGGAGCCCCGACAUCGAGCAGAGUUUUCAAGAGGCCCUGGCCAUAUAUCCUCCGUGUGGCCGACGCAAGAUCAUCUUGUCAGAUGAGGGCAAGAUGUAUGGCCGGAAUGAACUCAUUGCCCGUUACAUCAAGCUGAGGACAGGGAAGACGAGAACUCGCAAGCAGGUCUCGAGUCACAUCCAGGUUUUGGCUAGAAGGAAAUCAAGAGAAAUUCAGUCCAAGCUGAAGGACCAAGUCUCCAAGGACAAGGCCUUCCAGACGAUGGCUACCAUGUCUUCGGCACAGCUCAUCUCUGCACCGUCCCUCCAGGCCAAGCUGGGUCCUUCUGGCCCUCAGACCACUGAGCUUUUCCAGUUCUGGUCUGGGAACUCUGGGGCACCGUGGAAUGUUCCAGACGUGAAGCCUUUCUCCCAGACACCGUUCUCUGUGUCACUGACUCCCCCAUCCACCGACCUACCAGGGUAUGAGCCGCCCCCAGCCCUCUCACCCCUGCCCCCGCCUGCUCCAUCUCCCCCAGCCUGGCAGGCUCGGGCCCUGGGCACUGCCCGCCUGCAGCUGGUAGAGUUCUCAGCCUUUGUGGAACCACCAGGCGCAGUUGACUCGUUCCAGAGGCAUCUGUUUGUCCACAUCAGUCAGCAGUGCCCCAGUCCUGGAGCGCCGCCCCUGGAGAGUGUGGACGUGCGACAGAUCUAUGACAAGUUCCCCGAGAAAAAGGGUGGCCUCCGGGAGCUGUAUGACCGAGGGCCACCCCAUGCCUUCUUCCUGGUCAAGUUCUGGGCAGACCUGAAUUGGGGCCUAAGUGGUGAAGAGGCAGGGACCAGUGGAGGCAGUGGUGGCUUCUAUGGAGUGAGCAGCCAGUAUGAGAGCCGGGAGCUCAUGACACUUACCUGCUCCUCCAAGGUCUGCUCCUUUGGCAAGCAAGUGGUGGAGAAAGUGGAGACAGAGCGGGCCCAGCUGGAGGAUGGGCGUUUUGUGUACCGCCUGAUGCGCUCCCCCAUGUGUGAGUACCUGGUUAACUUUUUGCACAAGCUGCGGCAGCUGCCUGAACGCUACAUGAUGAACAGUGUCUUGGAGAACUUCACCAUCCUCCAGGUGGUGACCAACAGGGACACUCAGGAAUUGCUGCUGUGUACUGCCUACGUCUUUGAGGUCUCCACCAGUGAACACGGAGCCCAACACCAUAUCUACCGCCUGGUCAGGGACUGAUGGGGCCCCGCUAUUGGUUGUCCUCAGAACACCCCCUUCCCAGGAAGGACCCUUUGGCUCUCCCUGUACCCCUCAUUUGGAGAGAGGGCCAUGAUAAAGAGGCCUGAUUUCAAGCUUGAGCAAGGGGGGCUGGCUCUAUUAGAGGGGAACCCAAAAACUUGUUGAGCUGAAUGAGCUGACCUCACAGGGAGCAUUUGACAGGACACUUCACUCCUGGGCAUCAGGGAUUGGGGACAGGAGUGCAUGCCCACAGGUACAGCACUGGUCUCUCAGUUCUACAGGGCCCCUCUGUGCUCUUCUGCAGAAGGGAGCGGGGCAGUGUGGGAGACAUUACUCAUUGCCUUGUACCCUUCCUGUUUUCCACCCGCCCCAUGUCUGCCUCUCUCCCACACCCUUUCUCUGAUCUGGGAUGUCACAAUUGAAGAUAACGGCUUCCCAGCUGGGGGCAGAAUGAAGUGGGACCUGAAUUUUUUUAAUAUAAGGAGAUAUUUAUACAGUGUUAAGAUUAAUGUUAUCUCAGCUAGGGCAAGCAGUGGGGUGGGACUUCUUAAUCUCAUCCCCAUUUUAAGUGAGCCUCAGACCACCCUGCCACCUUCCUUUCCCCAAGAGUGAUGGUUUAUGUUCCGAAGAAUAAAGCUAUUUUUACCAAAAAAA